UUUUCAAACAUCAAAUCCAUUCAAAAACACAAAUUACAUCAACCUCAUUUUUAAUCCUCCAUACAAACCUAAUCCUAGCAGAUUCAAACAACCCUAAUAAUCUUUCUGUAAUGGCAAUUCUUCCAUUGCUGGUUCUAAAUCUCCAACCUUAAAUAAAAGGUGGAAUAAUUAACCAGCAAUGGUAGAGCCACAAUCAAAAUUACCACCACCACCACCUACUCCACCUACAACUCCAUUAUCCCUAGUCAAACCUUCUUCGAAAAAUAAUAAAAAACGACCCGUAAAAAUCUUCAGAGCCUUUCGCAAUGUGUUCCGGUCCUUCCCUAUAAUCACACCCGUAUGUAAACUCCCUUCCCUCCCCGGCGGCCGUUUACCUGAAAACAAAACCGGCAUCACGGGCACGUUAUUCGGAUACAGAAAAGGUCGUGUUAGCCUCUCGAUCCAAGAAAACCCAGGAACUCUACCUAAUCUGGUCAUCGACCUGGCCAUGCAGACCAACGUGUUGCAAAAGGAAAUGAGCCUCGGGAUGGUGCGAAUUGCGUUGGAAUGCGAGAAAAGACCCGAUAAUAACAAUAACAAUAAUAAUAAUAAUCAUAAGGAGAAAACAAAGCUUCUUGAUGAGCCAUUAUGGACUAUGUUUGUAAAUGGGAAAAAAAGUGGCUAUUGUGCAAAGAGAGAUGCCACGGAGGAAGAUCUCCAUCUCAUGGAGGUUCUUAAGGCGGUGUCCAUGGGCGCCGGCGUGUUGCCGCCGGCGAAAUCCGACUUGGAAGGACACGUGGACGAUGAGAUGGCGUACAUGAGAGCACAUUUUGAACGAGUAGUGGGAUCAAAGGAUUCGGAAACCCUAUACAUGUUGAGCCCAGACGGAAAUAGUGAACCUGAAUUGAGUAUUUUCUUUGUGAGGAUAUGAAUUAAAUUAAUUACAUGAAGAUAAAGGGGUUAUUUAAAUUAUAUUAUAUUAUUUUGUAAAAAUGAUUUGUUAGGGUUGUAGAUAUAUUUGUAUCUUUGUAGGUGUGGGAAUUUAAGAAUUUGGUGUACAGGGUUAAAUCAUUGAAAGGUUCUUAGGAUUAUCCAAUUUAGAUUUUUGAUUUUCCUGUUUUGGUUGUUUAUCACUUAUUCAUUCAAAAUUUGAUGCUUUUUUUGUUUGUUAAUUAA